UUUGCAAUCAUUUUCAAAAUGCUGACGACUCUUGACUCGUGCAUCCUGCGUAGUGCAUGAAUCAUUUCAGAAUUUCUACAAGGUCCGAACCAGGUCCGAACAUUUCAUGCCUAACUCUGCUUUGCAUUUCAUUCAUCUCGAACCCACUACAAUUUUUACCCAACCAUUCUUUUCUUCCAUAUGUUCAGCCAAUAGAGGUGACCCAACCUCGCAGCGAUGUGGAGGAAAAAGGUUGCCCAGGCGCUGCUGGCCAUCGUCCGCAUCGCAGUGCUCGUGUUCGCCUUCCUCUGCCUGCUGUACGUCGUCAAGGACCGCUACGACACGUUCAUGAAGAACGGCAUCGUGAUGCGCCGCUACAUCUCCAAGUUUACCGAGCCGUGGUUCGAGGUGGCCGUCUGCUUCGGCCCCAAGAUCCCCGGAGACCUGGUGGACGAGUAUAUGAACAGAACGUGGACACGCUUCCCGGAGCGGUACGAGACUUACAGGAGCUUCAACAGCCAGUCCAACCGGACAGAGACCUUCUUCCGCGGCGCCAUGGCCGUGGACAGUGUGGCGGCGUACCGGCAGUUCUUCACGGAGGGAAACUUCAACUGGACCGACGGCGUGUUCGGCAUCUCGUCGCUGACGCCGUCGUUGCUCAGCCAGUACCUGGACGGCAUCCGGCACCGCCUAUCCAUCGCCGGCAAGAACGUGCCGGAUACGGUGCUGCGCCACAGCGACAUUCCGUUUCUGCUCGAGUACGCCAUCUGCCGCAACUAUACCUACAACAUCACGUUUCCGCGGGGUUACUCUGACACACUGGAGCACCAGAUCUACGUCAACGACUCGGUGUACGAGGCGCUGUUCGGCAUCGCCUGGUACGUGGAUCUGUACGUCUACCCACGGAGCAACUUCACCGAGUUCCCGCUGAUCGCCGACCACGUGCCGUACCGGGUCGACCUGCGCUCGCACCAGCUGCUCGACGUCGUCGGGAAGAAGACGGAGAAGAUGAUGGACGACCACCACUCGGUCACCGAUUCGUCGCACACGCACGUCAACUGCCUCACCUGGUGUCUGGCGCGCGGCAUGCUCGACAACGUCACGUGCAUCAUGCCCAUGCAGAUCCCGUACAUCUACAACACGUCUGAGCGGAUCCCGCACGUGGACGUGGACGCGGCGGGCGCCGACGGCUCCGACGACCAGUGGCGGCAGCUGUACCCGCCGGAGGCCGCCUGGCCCUGGAUGGCCAACUACUCGCAGCUGCCGCUGUGCCGCUCGGCCGACGAGUUCACCGCUACGUUCGAGCGGUUCGCGCAGGUGUACUUUCCUCGCGGCUCGAGUCGCUACCCUCUGACGCCGCAGUGUGCCGAACAGUGCCCGCACCGGUGUGACGAGUACUCGGUCGUCAUCCACCCGGCCGGCACUGAGCUCGUGCCCAGGAAGAAAAGCAUCGAUCACGACGAUGACGAGGAGGAGGAGGAGAAGGAGGAGGAGGAUGGCGAUCAUCAUGACGAGGACGACGAUCACCAUGACGAGGACGACGAUCACCAUCUGAUCGAGCACGAGUCGGUGCACAGCGUGACGUUCCACCUGUCGACCACGCUGACCGUGUCCAAGGAGAACUGGAUCUACGGCGCCUGGGAAUUCUUCAUCGACGUGUCCGGCAUGACCAGCUUCGUGAUGGGCCUGUCGGUGCUGGCCAUCCACGACUGGGUCUUCCUGUUCGUCCAGUGGGCGAUGCAGUUCGUCGGGCUGGAGGAGGCCGACGAGGUGGAGGAGUCGGAGGGGGAAGAGGAUUGGGUGGAAGAGCUCCCACAGGAGGAUGAAGACACUGAGAGGCGUGCAGUCACACAGCACAGCCCGAUAGGCGUCGAGCAGACAUCGAGCACGGAGACAUCGCAUUGCUCUCUGACGGAAAAUGCCCGUUUACUUACCGUGCGUACAUAGUGACUGUUGCAUGUCCGUAAAAUGGGUGCUGAUGUGUUCUGCUACUUCUUGAACUUGCAGCAUUUGAUUAUUUGCUUGUUGGGAAGUUGGUAGCGGCCCACCAUCAUGUAAAUAAAGAGGGGAUGGAACUGUAGAAUUCAGUAGGUGAAGGUUUCCAAAGUUCCAACUUCCAGUUCAA